CGCCGGGACGCGCGCAUCCCGUGUGCAUUCGCGCUCUUCCAAACGCCGCAGGAGGAGCCCGCGAAAUCUCGAUUAACGGCGGCACUGUGCAACGUGCCUCGCGACAGUGAUCACGACGCGAUACAUAUUCGAAUCGUUUUAUAUCUUUCUUUAAUUUGUUCAUUGAUUUGUAUUCGAAAACGCGAACGCGUGAAAAUGACGGAAACGAACGGCGAAGGCGACCGUAGCGACACGAAGUCGACGACGACGAAGUACGAAACCGGCCGAUAUUUGACGAACUUCACGUACGUCGAGCGCGGCAAUCGUGACAGGAUAAUCGGAGUAGUGUUCGUUUAAUCGCGUCCUAUUAUCAACGAAUUCGUAGAAUCUUUGAAAGGAAACAAUUCUCUGAGAAGAAUCGUACCUUAAGAGGAUUUCGUCGGCUAUUCAUCGAGCAAAGGUAAACAAAACCGACGAAGCGCCGGCCGGCCGUCUCGCAUUCUUUCGAAGGACGUUCAGUGUGUCGUUUGACGUCGGAGCAUUCGGUUGUUGGACGGGAUCGUGUCGCGUAUAGAUAUCGAAGUCAUCGACGCGUUGUAAAAGCCGGUUUUACCACGUGGUUUUCGUUCUUCCCAUGCACUCUGCGAAUCGGAGUAAACGUUAUUUCGGUCCUCGGUUAAUCGUGGCGAGUGAAUAAUACGCGAGUGUCACCGACGCGACGUCGAGAUUAUCCUGGUGAAAACUGUCGUUCGCGUUAGAAAGUCGUUCGCGAAAAGAAUAUUUCGUGGAAUUCCGGAGAGUAUCGAGAAGUGGAACCGGUUAUAUCCUGGCAUCCGUGGUGGUUCAAGGGUCCACGCCGAAAGAAAGGAGGCGAUUCUCGAAGAAAAUUUUUAUAAAACGAACGCCACGAGUCGACGACGAUUCGGUGUUCGGUUUUGCGCGGCAAUGACGCGAAAGAUGGCGCAACAGGAAUUUCACGAUUGUGUAUAAAAUGUGACGACAAAGUGCAUUGGAAAACGGAAACGGAGCCGCUUCGUUUUUUCGACAACGAUGGGGCAACCAACAGUGAUCUUCCUUCGUCACGAAUAAGCUGUGUUCCUAACUGCGACUGAAACGACGACGAUGGAAGUACGGACAGAAAGACCCCGAAUGGCUGGCCGGAUAGCACCGACCGGACGCGUUACUCCGACCAUACAUCAAACAGGUGGAGGAAGAAGAAAAGCGAUACCGGUCCCGCCGCCGAGGGUGCCAACCCCUAUGCCCACUGCCAACAAUAAUCAACAAAAGAACAAUGUCAACGUCGAUCCUCCGCCGCCCGUAGUACCCGCGGCGAGGAAAGAACCGCACGAAAACAUCGCCCGGAUAGCAAAACGGUAUCUCGACGAUAACAUGCAGCAGGCGUGGAUCAAUCCUCGUCUGAUAUCGAUGAUAAAUAUGGAGGCGGUCACGUCGACCGACUACGACUCGUCGAACCUCAGCAGAAACUUUAAUCAAGUGGGUUUCAAUACGUACAAUUACUCGCAGUUCGAGGAGAAGUACAAGCCCCGACAGGUUUUCAAGUACGGCGACGAGUAUCUGGAGUACGGUCGUAACUCGGUCAGGCUAGGACCGAACGAGAGGUUCGCGAGAUUAUCGUCGAGGCAUCAAGAAGCGAUCGGGAAGCCGGAUCAGAGGUACACCCGUAGUCAUUCGCAACCGGAGAGACAGCAACACCCGUGCCAGGAGAUCCGUUCGAAGUCGCAGGACUCGCGGGAGUUAACAUUCUAUCAGAUAGAUCCGCCCGUCAAGGUGGAGAACGUUCAGCACCAUCCGAAGCCGCAUCGUUCCGCGAUCGAGAAGAAUCAGAACAAAAAGGAGCUGACUUUCUACGAGAUCGAUGGGCCUGGCUCGCAGGAGAAGACGAAGGACGGCAAGUCGGAGGGUGGCAAGGAGAGGGAGGAGAAACGGGACAAGUGUCACGGUGGUCAGGAAAAAACGAACGCGACCACGAAGCACGGGAAACAGAGCCAUCAGGAACAGAAGGCGAAUCCUCCGCCGCAUUAUCAUCAGUUGAACAGAUCCCAGUCCGAUCUCACCGAGUGUCAGCUACCGAAUUAUUAUAGGCAUCAGAACAACCCUUACAUCGAUCCACCCAAGUACAGGCAAUUUGAUAAACCACCGAAAUAUCAGGAAACCCCACCAAAGUCUGAACCUCCUCCGAAGUAUUCAGAAGUAGCCAGGAAACAGGACGAUUACAAACGAAUACAGGAGGAGAGGGGCAAGCGACAAGGUGGCAACGGUGGUGGUGGAGGAGCAGGUGGUGGCGGAGGAGGGAGUAUAGGUACCGGCACCAACAGCGGUGGUGGAGGCGGCGGUGGUGGUAACUCCAGCAAGGGGACCGGCGGCACUCAUGGCGCCGAGACGCCCUCUAAUCUGGCCAGUAUCACGCCAACCGCGCGAGAAGCAACACGCGCUCCUUCGUCGCGGUCUCGGCUACCGUACAAGUCGUGUGACACGCGUUGCUCGAACAGUAACGGUAACAAUAACAACGUGAACAAAGAUGAUUCUUAUCAAGAUGGCAUUGACGAGCCGGAAGUGAUAUCGUCGAGGUGUCAUCCCGACGCGUCCAAGUCGUCCCAUCAUCAUCAGACACGUUCGUCCGGCAUCGGUGGUGGUAACGGAGGUAGUGGUUGCGGUGCCGUUUCCGGUAAUGUCUGCCACGGUGGUAGCGGUGUGCCGUGCGAGCCAUCGACGUGCGACAGGUACAAGGGUGCCGUGGAUUCUCUGUUGAAGGCCAGCGAGGCGGUGCAAGGUCGUCUGUGCGAGAGAUCGAUGUUGAAGAUCGAGAAGCCGUCGACGAAGGCGAUUCUUCACGGUAUCGAGACCGUUGGGAAGUGCGGGGAUAGGAUGAAAUCGGUCCAGGAACUGGGCUACGGCAAACACGAGACCGGCAAGUCGAAGGGUCACGAGGUUGGUCACGGUUUCAAGGUGGAGAAUAUCAAGUACUACGGGGAAUUGAAGGGGUACGACUUCAAGUCUUACGGGACCAUCGACAAGCCGGCCGUCUCGUCUGCCCACGAGAAGUCGCACUCGCACGGGCCCGAGAAGAACGGUCACGAGAAAUGUCACUCGAAGACGUCGUCCUCCUCGGCCGCGAUGCAGAAUUACGGCCUGUCCAAGGUCGCCGGUGAACGUUCCACGGAGAAGAACGCCGUGUACGCCGAUCAUUAUUAUCACCGAUCGUCCCAUUCGAAGCCGCAAAGCGCGUAUCAAGUGUACCAGGAGACCAAGUACUCGUACAACGUGAGCGGGGUGCCCGGGACACCGGCGCAGGCCAGCGCAGCCGCAGCUUUCUUCGCAAGAGCAGCCCAGAAGUUGAACCUCUCGUCGAGUCCUCACCGUCGACGUCGUUCCGGUGACGAGAACAUCGGUUCGGAUGAAUUACCGAUCUUCCCCAAUGGAUACGCCGCUCUCCUUCUCAAGUCACCUCCACCCGCGCCACCCGCUCUUCUUCGGAGGAUAGGCGUGAAGGAGCUCACCGGCGUCGGCAAGGUGAAAGUGAUGUUGAAAGUGUCACCUGGCGAGGGUGGGAGCUUCUUCAAUGCCGACAAGAGGAAAAAGCAGGUGACGCUGAUCGAUCCAACAGCUGGACAAUCGUCAUCGGCUGAUGAUCGAAGACCAACGGUGGCAGCGCCCAAAAUGUUCGCCUUCGACGCGAUAUUUACCGAAGAAGAUUCUCAGACUGAGAUAUGUUCGAGCGCUCUGACGGACGUCAUCCACGCAGUCAUCAAUGGAACGGACGGGUGUUUAUUCUGUUUCGGACACGCGGGAUUAGGCAAGUCGCACACGAUGCUGGGCACACCGGAAGCGGGUCACACACUCGGCGCGAUACCGUGCGCGAUCGCCUGGCUGUUCCGUGGAAUUUCCGAGCAACGACAGAGAACCGGCGCCAGAUUCAGCGUCAGGGUUAGUUGCGUGGAAUUAACCGCCGGGCAACAGCAGCUCAGGGAUCUGCUCGCGGCACACGCAAACGAUUCCGAGCAGUCACCUGCUGUGUAUUUGAGGGACGAUCCGCUGUUCGGCAGCCUGCAACUGCAACAGCACAGCGAGCUCCGUGCACCGACUGCGGAACGUGCCGCAUUUUAUUUGGACGCGGCGGUCGCCGGUCGACAACGGGACGACGGCGACGCGCACAUGCUCUACACCCUUCACGUGUACCAGUACAGCGUCGCCGGCAAAGGAGGAGUUGCCGGCGGCAGAAGCCGACUGCACCUAAUGGACCUCGGUAAUUCGGAUCGCGGCAAGUCGUCGGGAGGGAUCCCCCUAUCCGGCCUAGGCAAUAUCCUGCUGGCGAUCUUCAACGGGCAGAAGCAUCUGCCGUACAAGGAGCACAAGCUAACCCAAUUACUGAAGGAGUGUCUCGGCUCGUUGACGUGUCACGCGGCGAUGAUCGCCCACGUGUCGCCGAACGCGCAACACUACACCGAGACGUUAACCACCGUGCAACUGGCUUCCCGCAUUCACCGAAUGAGGCGGAGAAAGAUCAAGUUCGUGGGAGGUGGUACGCAGGGAACAGGGAGCGGCGGAAGUUCCGGGGAGGAAGCGGCCAGACAGAACAGCGAGUGCGACCCGAGUUCCAGCGAUUUGUCCGCGGACACGGUGAUCUACGUUGGACCGAGCACCGACGACGCGACCGAUGGCGAACAUCCUCCUGUCUACAUACCGAGCUUAAACUCGGGUGAUAAUCGUUGCGCCAUGGGCAGAGUGUUGCGCGGUUCCACGGCGGAGAGACCUUGCAAGAUCCCCGAAGAGCGUAGUCCGGUCCAUAAGUCGACGAAGGCGGUGAAGACGUUGACUCAGACCGCCUCGAAGCAGACGUCUCCUGCUCACACAGCUACACCGAAGGCUAGCCCAGCCAGGAAGGGCCUGUCGAACAAGGUCUCCUCUUCGAAGGUGAACGACUCCCCUGGGAGCAAGAUUCCGGUCGCAGCACCCAGCGGAGGCUCGGACGAACAAUGGAUAGAUGGUCCCAGGAUCUCCAAGUCGAAGGUCGCUGAAGCUAGACACAUGCUGAAGGAUCCUCACCACAAGAGGGAGACCUGGAUCGACGGACCUAUGCAGUUGACCGGUCCGCCUACCUUGCAACUUCACACACAGCAACAUUCCUCCAGCUACGGGUUUAUGGACAGCCACAAGAAGAGCAUGAUUAGAAAGUGGGUCGAGAACCAAUCGUCUCAGAUACAGAGAAGCAAGCACGCCUCGGCUAGAACGGAAACCUCCAAGAUGUCUGGCCAGUCGUCGCAGUUCAAGGAGCUGACCACGUUCAAGACGUGCACCGGUAUCGACGACGAUGACACCUCUUUGUCGACGGUGGAGAGCGAUAGUUUGAAGGCUAACGAGAUCGAGGACAUCACCGAGAAAUUGGGCGCCAAGCUGAAUCUUCUGAACGUCAAGUCUAAUACGGACUCUGGCUUGGAUCUGACCGCCAGCCCGGUUAUGGACGACAGCUUGGAUAAAGGAAAGCUGGAUCUUCAGGAGGACGAAGACGACGACGAAGAGAUUGUCGUACCACCACCGCUACCUCUCAUUGAACCCCUAAGCAAUGGGGUCAGCAGGGAGGUCUCUAUGGAGAGCCUGAACCUAUCGCACAAGGACAUCGUGUUACCUUCCAGACACUCCUUGUCUUCCGAGGACGAGAUCCUAGAAAUCGUCGAGGUCGAGGAUUUGGAACCCGUUCCGAUGCAGGAUUCUUGCCUGCAGGUGACGGAGGAGGACAUUGCCUUGUGCAUGGGAGAGAAUCCUUUACCCGAAAGCGACCAGGAGGAACAUCCUCUGAGAAUCCUGAGCCAGGAAAAUCUCACAGUCGUGUCAACCUUUACUGACUCGAUGUCGGUGAUGUCGGACACGGAACGAUACAGACCUCAGUAUCCACCCCCGGUUGGAGCGGGUGUUUUACCAAGGCCGUACUUCGAUCACGAGGAUUUCCUGGAACAGGAAACCAGGCACAAGUUCGACCAGUUGGCCCGGCUCCAUGAGCUUUAUCAGAGCAAGCUCGCGUUAGCGAAUGUCUCGAAUUCCGUGACCUACCAGAGGGAGAACUCCUCGAACGUGAACGUUAGAGACACUCCAUCCGCCCCAGUCUUCCGUCCACCGUCGCGCUGUCAGUCCUUGUCUCUCUCGGACGUGAUGUUCAACGACAACGCGAGCAAUCACGGCAGCAUCUACAGCGAGCCAGCGUACAUCGCUGGCAAGUCUGACCAAGAGAAGAUCUGCGAUAAUUGUCGUCAGAGUAUGUCGAGACCAGCCACCGCCUCCUACUGGUACCCUAACAGUGUGGCGCACAUAGCCAGUCCUAGAAGAUACUGUGGCAAGUUGGGCGAAUGCAAUAUCUCUAGUCUGAGGCAUCCUGAUGGCGCAUCGAAUCCAAAUCUCAAGGAGGAGGUGGAGAGGUUACCUGGGAACGGGGCUUCCGGUUCUGAUCCUGAGGAAGAGUACGUCGAGGCAAAGAAACUGUUCACGGCUGUGGAGAGGUCCGAGAGAACGGUCACUGGCAAAUCGGACAUUGAGGAAGAUAUUAAGGUUCAAGCAACAGCGCCACCGCAACUGUCCAUUCCAUCACCGGCUCCGUCUUCGGGUCGACUGCAACGCAAGAUCACCAGCGUUGGAUCCUCGUUAGGUUUGAACAAAGAAGGCUACGACUCCGGUGCCGAUUCGACGCCACGGGCAGCGAAACUUUCGCCGGCCACCUUGUCCAGGCAUCGAGCCGAAAGUUCUGGUUACGACAGCAUCGUCAGAGACAGCGAGACCAGUAGUAUCGCCAGCGACUCGUCCAGGCAGACUGGAGCUCUGCAAGAGCACCAAGGUACGGUGGAACAGCGAGUGGCAGGGUGCGGGCAUCCGUCACGGGCCCAAUGCCAGGCCCAUCUGCCACGGAUGCGAUCCGCGGCGGUGCCGGGGAUAAUCGCGUACACAAGCGAGGACGUGGACAUCCUGGACAGGCGCGCGCAGUUGCGCUCGGAUCCACGUGGCACGAUGUCCAGGAUACACAACCUGCGACUACGGCAGCUCCAUCUUAGGCUAGAGCUACGCGACGCUAAAAGGCGCCUCAUGGUGCCCGACAGCCGCUGGAGCUACGAUCUUCACGUAGAGAACAGCAUGGACUGGCGAGAUCCGUCGUUCUUGGAGGCCCUCGAGGCAGAAACGUGUAUCCUGCAGAAACGGGUGGAGGCCUGCAAGAGUCACGUUCUGCUGAUCACCUGUUUCGACUCUUAUCCUCGACAACCGUGUACACCGCAGGCCGAAUCGUCGACCGUGCUACGGAUCACCUAACCGAGACUCGGAUCAGCGCGCUGGACCGCGUGCUGAUCGCAACAGGAUCGCCAGCAGACGAUUAGAAAGGAAAAGGAAACGAAACGAAACGAAAACGAGACGAGCGAAGUCGCUGAUGAGGAGUAAAGAAAAGGGGAAUCGUUGUCACGAUGUCGCUCGACUCCGUCCAAUAGUUGUUAAAUGACGUUUAGCCGUGUCGUGAUCGUCGUCGUACGUCGUCGCUAUUGUUACGCGCGUAUAAUAGACGAUAGAGAAAUAAAAAUAAGAAAAGAGAAGCUUUCAUCCCUUUCGUUUCGCGUCGACCAGCCGGGGGAUGCUGUUUUUCUUGCGUAGCAACGCGACACGAUUCGACGACACGUAUCGUCGGAUAUGGAUACUUGUUGACUUGAUAUAAUUUAGCGUACGUGUGUUGGUGCUGCAUCAUUUUCUUUUUUUAUAUCGAUCGGAAUCAUCUCUUUAGAUAAAUCAAUCGAGUCAAGCUGGGACGGCGAAAUCGCGGGAGACACAACUUUUUGGUACCGAAGUCUGCUUGACGAUCUUUCGAAACGAUGAUUGAUCUUUCAUCGACCGAUUUAGAAGCAAAAUUUAAUCGAAUUCGAGACGGCAUUUCGUCGCGGUAAAAAUAAUUCUGACGCGAUGCAUGCAAAGAAGAGAGCGAAAAGCGACGAUGAUACGCGUCGUAACCAUUGUAUUUAAUGCACGCACGUUAAUUCAAGAUAUUAUCGUAGCUUUAAUCGUUAUCAACAGUUACCGCACUUCGUAGGGCUCUGUAAUUCACUUAGAAGAUGACGAGAAGCUGAAUGGGUGAAUGAGAGAGCGAGAGAGAAUGGGAGAACGAAAGGGACGAUAACGAGCGCGAAAAUGAGAAACGAGAAGAUGCCGCGAGAGUUACCUUUCGACAGUAAACGUAUUCGUAAUCGUAACGGUUGCUCGGUUAGCGAGUGCUGUCUGAAAAAAAUUAAUAUUGAAGACGCGAGAAUUGAACAGCGUUUCAUUAUUCCGUGGCACGGAUCUGAAUGGGACAGAGAAAGAUUUAUCGAAACGAAAGGAAUCCGCGUGUCGGUGAGACGUGGGUGUACAGAAUGUGGCAGGGGGAAAGGUGCCAGAGAGAAUGAAAAUAGACGGGAUGAAAAUAAAUCGAGAAUGGCGGUAAUACGCGGCAGAAACAGAGAAAUUCCAGCUUUCUGAUACGAUUCGGAGUCAGUCGAGCAACGGUAUUGAUAAAAAUCAUCCAUUUCUCUGUUACCGCUGCUGCGAACGACAGCUUUCAUUCUCACAAUUAAACUUUUAAGUCUUUCAAGGCUUUGCGAUGUCUAAUGUCGAAGAAACAUUCCUCAUCUCGUAGUCUCAAAGUUAAACUGCCAGUCCAAUCGAAGGACAUUGACUAGCUCGAGUAGAUCCAUAGACAUCUUCGAAUCCGUCACACGUUCGGAACUCGAUUGCUCUGCCUCGAACAUUUUCCUACAUUUCCCUAGCCAAGCGCACAAGGAGCAAUCGCGUGCACGAAUCAGCCUUAUCUACCUGGACUCGAAGAUUUCUAUGGAUCAUACGUUUCGAGGAUUCAGACUGAUCGUUUUUCAGACGGAACGAGACUGCUAGCUGUUAGCAAUCGCGCUUACCGAGCAACGUGGAAUCGUCGAUCACCGUUAGUUGAAAAGAAUCCGAGUUCUCAAAGCUAUCGGGAUGACCGACUGUAAUCCAAGUUCCCUGUAUCGUUGUCCGUUGUUAAAGGAACCCGUUACGCUAUUCGUCCGUGUUUUUAGAUUGUUCUCCAUCUAUCACUGCCGAAUACCAUGUUCGUCGUCUCUCCUUUCUUUUCGCUUGAUUUUUUAACCGAACUCCUGAUCGUUCCAAAACGAGGUUCGAUCUGUCGUAACGCAUUCACGAUUCCCUGUCAUCCAAUUCUUCCUUUUUGUUUUCCAUUCGAGCUAGAAAGAGAGACACGUCGCCAAGAACGCGUCACUCCGUCUACGACUAGUAACGAAUUAAUAGCAACCGCCAUAGUAAUUAACGAUUAAGAGUUAACCGACCUCCGUAUCAUUCCGCGAAACCGAGAAAGCGAGAUAGACAGACACGCAUAUGUUACACACAUACACACACACACACAAAACAGGAACACACAUUGGAGGUACCGCACCACGCGUCUACUGUGUACCAUAGUACUUGUACCAUAUUUAUAUUUUAUAUGUACAAAUUAGUGAUGUAAUUUCUUGUAAUAAAGAUCAAUUUACAA